AUGGCCUUCACAAACCAGCCCGGCACGCUGCUGGGCCCUCUGACGACGACAUGGACCAUGCCCGAGUCGUGCUCCGUCUUCAUGCCGCCGUGCUCGACGUGCGACCAGGGCUUCCGAGGCCAGUCCUGCAACGCCGUCAGCGGCGGCCGGGUGCAGGACAACACGGCGUGCUGGCCGCCGGUCAAGAAGGGCGUUGCGUCGCCGACCUGGCCGUUUGUCGGCUGGGGCUUCUACUCGCCUGGCCUGGCGUGUCCCGCGGGCUACACGACGGCUUGCACGGCGGUCUAUGGGCAGAGGCCGGAGUGGGAUACGCAGUUUACGCUGGUGUCGUCCGAGACGGCUGUGGGAUGUUGCCCGACGGGGUUCUCAUGCGCCAACAACAACGGAAACACAUGCAUCGCAACGGCAACGUCAACGGCCAUCCCGACUGCCUUUUGCGACGGCACCGACCUCACCGACUCGGCCACUGAGACGUUUCCCACAGUCGUCACCAUCACGCAGACGGACACUGCGAGCGGCGAGGUGCAGGUGUCGACGUCGACGCGGACAAUGAUGUUGUUCGCGCCCAUGUUCCAGCUCAACUUCCAGGCAAGCGACUUGCCUGCCUCGACAACAGCUUCCACAACAAGGCCUUCAUCAACACCAUCGUCGACAUCAUCGGGUGAGCAAUCGACGACUUCUGCAGCGGACAACAACGACGGCAGCACGUCGAAAUCCUCAGGGGGGCUCUCCAGCGGGGCCAGGGUCGGGCUGGGUGUUGGUAUAGGCCUUGGGAUUGCGUUUCUGCUGGCCUUUUCGGGUUUUCUAUACUAUUACCGACGGUCGAGGAGGGUGCAGUUGCCGCUGGGCAGCGAGCUUCCCGAUACCGAGAUUUCGGAGGCUGCGGAAGGUCCCAAGGUUGUCAAGUCGCCUGCGCAGGUGUAUGAGAUGGGAGACUAUCACGCGCCUGCGGAGCUACCCGGGGAUGGUCACGGAGGGGAUCAGGGGGGACACGGUGCGGCGAGAAAGAAUGGAUUGGGGGACGGGGUGUGUGACAUUGCGACAUAUCUAAACGAACGCGAGGCCAACAAGAUCUAG